AUGCCUUCCGAAGUCUCCGAUAUCAAGCAGUUCAUUGAGAUCUGCCGCCGCAAGGACGCCUCCUCUGCCGGUAUCAAGAAGAACCGCAAGACCCAGCAGACCAAGUUCAAGGUCCGCUGCUCCACCAACCUCUACACCCUUGUCCUCAAGGACUCCGACAAGGCCGACAAGCUCAAGCAGUCUCUCCCCCCUGCCCUCAAGGUCGUCGACGUCUCCAAGGGCACCAAGAAGUCCAACUAA